AUGCGCUCGUACUAUGUUACCAUGAUUCGACGCAACUCCGAUCUAGAAAUCCACCUGCCAGACGCAGAUGCGCCGUCAUCCGCAAACAUCAUCGACCCGGCAGAUAUAGAAAUGCUCACAUCCGACGACGAGAAGCAAAUCCUCGCCCUACCCCCUCAUAUCGCAGCUCGAUUCUACCGACGGUCUGCCAGCGCACGUCGCGCAUCCGAUAAGCUCUCACGCCGCAGCUCAGUCUCGUCGAUUCACUCGCACCACUCGACUACUUCUGCGCACGGCGGCCCCCAAAGCGACCACCUCGCGCAGCAUCUUCGUCGAGCCUCUAUCUUGGAGUCUCGCAAAGCACGCCUGGCCGACCGCGCCGCUCACGCUGAGAAAGUAAGACUUCGGGCAGCCGUUGCGAAAGCCGCUACACGAAACCUGCAGCGAGAGGAAAGAGCGCUUGCUGCACAACAAGCUCGCGAACGGCUUCUGGCCGAAAUCACCGCCAAAUGUGAAGAUGAAGUGCGCCGAGCCAAGAAGAAAGCGGAAGAGACUCGUGAAUUGAAAGCUGCCAAGUACGCUCGUCUUCGAUUGGAAAUGGCGGAGAAGUUUGCAGAUGCCGAGAAGCGACGAUUACAGUAUCAGCAGAUGCACCGGAGGCCGCGGACGGCUAGUUUACCCGCUGGAGAGGAGAGCAAGAUGGUGAAAACGGUGCUUAAUUCGUUGACCCGGGAUGCUGCGGCGAGAAUUGUGCAAAAGGCUUGGAAGAAUUAUGUAGCGCGACGAGUAAUGAGUACGUUUCAGUCUUUAAAUCUGUCUCGGCAGAAAAUCGGCAGCAUGUCUUUUGAUGAUGUGAGUGCUCUUCUUUCAGAAGAGACUGUUUUGGAGACAAUGGCUCGAGUACUCCGCCUCUGUGGACUGCGGGAUAUGGAAGGUGGCGCAUUGGGCGAGCGAGGUGCUGUGCGGACGUUCUUGAGCAGCUAUCUGAUUUUGUCUCAUCCGUCUUCGGUGAUGAGCAGCGAUGGUGAACAGGAACAGGAUCUGAUUGAGAAAGCGCGCGACUUGGUCGUGUCCUUUGAACAGAUUACUAAACGACUUUUGAAACACCAGUCCAUCACUUCCAUGUCUAGUGAGCUUCAGGUUCUAGGAGAAGCAUACAGCGUCUUCUUCUCGGCUUUUCAUGCUUGGAAGACUCACGACUCUACCGUGCUAAUCGAGAUCAUGCUGGCUCAGUUCGUCGAGUUGGAGCUUAUUUGGCAAACUGUAAAAGAAGAUCGAGCAGGAGGCGCCGCCGAUGAAUACUACCAAGGCAUUAGACACAACCAGAUUCUACUGUUGGCCAGAUUGAAACGACUUGCCGGUCCUGAUAAGGCUCUAGAUAUGGUCAAGCAAGCUUUAAGAAAGGCUAAGCGGGAGAAGAAGCGCUCGAACUCGUCUAAACAAUCGAUUCCUCGGUCUGCAGCGGUCUCGACUAGUGCUGAUGCUCAUGCUGACAGUGUUUCGACUCCGAUUAGUGAGACAUUCAACAAUGUCGAAAGUGCCGUGCUGCACGAGUUGGACAAGCAAAGAUUGUCCCCUCAUGAAAGCUUCACGAAAGCUUUGACAGCGUUACCUGAGAAUCGCGUCCUAGUUCAUGAACUAUUGAUCAACCGAGAGUUUAGAAUAGAGCAGACCCAAUAUACCGAACCCCGUCAGCAAAUCAUGAAACAUAUGACCGACAUGAUGAGAAGUGAUGUCGAUGCAGGCCUCGGAACGAAGUGGAUAGUAGCAAUGGCUACUGUUAUUCAAGAUCGACUUUUACGGUCUUUGCGACCUGGAAAUUCCUUGCAUGUCUUGAUCAGUGAGGCACUUGACCCAAAGUUGAUUGAGAAUCAAUGCGAUGCCGGCACAUUUUCAUAUGAUUCAUUUUUUGACUUCAUGUGCCGCAUCCUCCCUCAACUUUGCGCACCUUUCCGAGACCCAGAAGUCAAAGCUUUUGCUGAAAACAAGUCGGGAGAUCCCAUUGAACGAUUGUCUAGUUUGAUGGGUAUUAUUGAUUUAUUGUCUUUGGAUCAUACCAAUUUCAUGAUCCAGGUGGCUGCUCCCCAGCUCAUUCAAGAAGCUCCAGGCUAUGAGCAGAGGACGUUUCAAAAGGGUUUAGAUGACGGUACCAUCAGUCUUGAAAAAACAAAGCGGUUCUGGCAAAAGAACCACAAUCUUGUUGUUGAUGACAUGCUACGCCGAAAUCUGGAAAUCGCAGAUCGGCGUCAAGUUCAACCGCCGGCAGGCAAAGUGUAUGCGCAAGGUCUGGUUGAUCUUGUACUCAAUAACGCUCCCGUACCAUCGGAUCUUGUUCCUGAAACCCUCGAAUUGGACAAUGCGCGACUUGAGACGCUUCACAUGACCGCAUUCAAGAUUGCAGCGACUGCAGCUAUCCUCCUUACUGCAAAGAAUCUUCUGAAACGAGAUUCACGAUCACAAUGGAAAGCAGAAGCGGACCGCAUCCUGUCGCUUGAUUUUACCGAAAUCAAGCCGGAGCGAAUCCAAUCGAUCAUAGAAUGUACUCGGCCGAUGCCUGCUGCUGCUCGGUCGCAGCUACUGUCGACUAUGAGACGUGUAUUGAGCCCGGUUGCGACAGCCACUACAUCGGUUGACACCACGACGAGCUCUCAAAUGCCAUCAGUCGAAUACGUCUCGGGACCAAUCUCCUCAUCUGCGUCCACAUCCUCCGCCUCCACGUCUACAGCAACCGAUAGCUCUGCAACAUCCUCAUCCUUCACAGACCCAGUAGCCCGACUCAUCCUCUCGCGUCUCCGCGCACAUGUUCUAUCUCGUCUCAGCGCAGCAAGUGCUAGCGAGCGCGUCCGCGCAACGACAACCGCAAGUCAAUCCCUCGCCGCAGCGGGCAUGCCGGAAUUCGUCAAUGAAAUCGGAAAACUGGUCGACGAGUUGGGCAAAGUGCGGGAUGUGGAUUGGACGUGUCAUGGAAUGACCAACAUCUUCCGCAAGAUGUGGAAAACCUCCCUGAUAUCAGACCUGACUCCUCCCUCUCUUGAAAGAGCAUGGCAAUCAACCCCUCACCCUUCCCUACCACUCGUCGCAACCAGCAGCGCCGACAAGACCGUUCGAAUCUACUCCCUCGUCAAUUAUAAACUGUUAUCUGUCGUUUCGGGCGGACACAAACGCAGUAUCAGAAGCUCGGCCUGGAAACCCACCGCUUCCGCUGGCGUGACAAAAGGAGAAAGCGUUUUGGCGACGGGUAGUUUUGAUGCUACGGUGGGGAUUUGGAGGAGGUGGGACGAUUACAACAAUAACGAGAACCAUGACCAUGUGCACGACCACCACGAUCACGAUCACGACCACGAUCAUGAUGAAAGACAAGAAGAUGAAGAAGAAUGGCGAUUCGCAGUCCUCCUCGACGGGCACGACAGCGAGGUAAAAUCCCUCUCCUGGUCCGCCUCCGGCUCACUACUCGCAACCUGCUCGCGCGACAAAUCAAUCUGGAUAUGGGAAGAUUUGGACGACGGCGAUAACAACUUUGAGACCGUCGCCGUGCUGCAGGAGCAUUCCGCGGACGUCAAGUGCGUGGCGUGGCAUCCGACGGAGGAAUGCCUCGCGUCGGGCAGUUAUGAUGACACUAUCCGGAUUUGGAGGGAGGAUAUUGAUGAUUGGGGGCAAGUAGCCUGUUUGAAAGGUCAUAAGGGUACGGUGUGGAGCGUGGAUUGGGAGGGUGUUGAUUUCUCGCCUUUUCCUUCUGUAUCGUUACCAGCAGACAAGCAAGCGAAGAUCAAAGAAGAGUAUAGAGAUUCCUUCGCCCUCUCUGGACCUAGGAUAGCUUCCUGCUCGGCAGAUAAGACAGUCCGCAUAUGGCGUCGAGAAUCCAAACCCCAGAGCGAACGCAGCGCCUUCUCGGCUUCGAAUACCGGUAUACCGAGUAUCAUUCGUCCCACGGGACUGGAUGAGACGUGGCACGAAGAUGCACUCUUGCCGGCCGCGCAUGAUCUGGCAGUCUAUGCUGUUGCGUGGAGUAAACGCAGUGGACUUGUGGCGUCGACAGGCGCUGAUGGACGGAUUGUCAUUUAUGCCGAGUUCUUCGUCGAGAAUGCACCAAAAGAAGGAGGAAGUGACGAGAUGGAUACAUCCGAAGACACAAAAUUCAAGACAGACUGGAAAGUGAUAGCCACUAUCGAAGCGGCGCAUGAUAUUUAUGAGAUUAAUCACAUUGCAUGGGCGAAACGGGGUGAUAGACGGGGCGGUCAAAGGGACGAGGAGAUAUUGAUUAGUACGGGAGAUGAUGGGAGUGUCAAGGUUUGGUCGAUAGAGAGGGAGUAA